AUGACGUUGGCUGCAGUCCUCGUGUUGCUGGGAGUCUUCUGGACUCAGACUUCGGCACUGGAUAGCUUUGCCCUGCAAGAUCCUGAAAAUGGCUAUGUCACUGGAACAAUGACUAUCGACAAUGAAAACAAGAUUGCUGAUGUCCAUGUCCGUUCUGGCAUGUACUCCUCUGAUACCAUUUUUGACUACUCCAGUGGGUACAUUGCAACAAGGCUGUUCGCACGAAAUGCCUGCUUCAUCAUGAAGAUGAACAAGGAUGACAUCCCAGAGCUGGAAGAAAUCGGGCGCCAGGCCUUUGAGAGACAGGCUAUGAGGACAGUAUACUCUCCAAAUAAUGUGUGGGUACAGUUUCAACCUGGCAAUUCCAUGUUUGGGAGUGCCAGAGACUGGCUUGUCUACGGUAAACCCAUUGAGCAGCUCUGUUCAGGUCUGCCUCUCUACCAGCUUGAAGGGACUUCAGCACUAUCGAAUGAUAAUGGCUGUGCCAGUGCAGGAAUUCCAAGCAUUUUGGGCAUGAAAAUCUGUGAAAGAGCCAAUUAG